GAGGGCGGGUGUCAAAACAAAAUAAGAGAAAGGAGAAAAAAAGGGGUAAGUGAUGUUUCUCAAUCAUCAAACCAUAUAAAAAUAUUUGAAAAAUAGUACAUAAUACCUAUAGAAAAGGGUGAAUAUGGAGGACUGGCGGGUAAACGAAAGAGGAAUAAAGAGAAAACAUGAUUCAAUAUCGUCUCCUGAUGAUGAACCCAAGUCAGAGAGCCCUAGGCCUAAACCCAGUGGGGACAACAAGAAAGCUAGCCCGGGAAGAUCAAAAGCCAAGGACCACGAAGUUGUCAAAUCCGCCGAAGAAGCGUCUGGUGAUGGUGAAACGAGCUCGCCCAUUAAAGGCCUAGCAGGACGUGGAUCUCAAGGAGACGAUGCCGAUAAAAGUGGAGGUGUUAAAGAGUUAGGCCUAGCUAAAUUGGAAAGGUUAGGAAGUGUUGCUGAUGAGGAGUCGCAGAAAAGUAAGGAGGAUCAGGCCCAAGAAGAAAGAGAAAAAAUGCAAGUUUUAGUUGAAGCUUUUUCUGAAGAGCAGUUAAACCGUUACGAGAUGUUCCGCAGGGCAGCUUUUCCAAGGGCAGCAGUAAAAAGGAUAAUGCAGUCUAUUACUGGUGGAACAGUGUCACAGAAUGUUGUCAUAGCAAUGGCAGGCAUUGCCAAAGUUUAUGUUGGUGAAAUAGUGGAGCAAGGUUUAGAUGCUCUAGAGGAGUGGGGUGAAUCAGGGCCCCUUCAAGCUAAGCAUAUACGAGAAGCUGUACGCCGUCUCAAGAGUCAGGACAAUUUCCCAACAACCAAAUACAAGACGAGUAUGUUUCGAUAGCAACUUUAGUUAUUUUUUGUUACUAUAGCAACUGAUCAAGUUAUCCAUGGAUACAGUUAUUAUUUGUUUUCUUAUUAAUUAAGGUCGUCUUGCAUUUUAUUCCACCAUAGUC